GUCCCCUUUGCUUAACUCAACCAUGGACGGCUUCCAAUUCAUCAUCGAAUCACCUCAGGAAAACCAAGGUCACAAGAAGCGUCCGCGCUUGGUAACUUCCUGCGACAACUGUCGCCUGAAGAAGAUCAAGUGCAUUCAGCCUUCGCCCGAGACGGAGUGCGAAGCAUGCAAAUCGUCCAAGGUACCUUGCAAGUUCCGCGACAGGGAGCGUUAUUUCGCUGAGCGGAGCCGCGCCAUUGCUGGGCCAAGCGCGUCAGGAGCGGCGUCGAGCCAAGGUUCGCGCAAGUCUUCGCCGACCAGUCACGUCGAGUCUCCUGCGGGCCCCGGCCCCGAACGCCGCCACUCCCGUCCUUCCUCCACAUAUGGGUCGCCCCACCCUUACCAUCCCGCCUCGCGCGCUUCGUCGCACUCCCCACCCAUGGCCGUCUACUCCUCGGAGAACUACCCUCGCUACCAGUCCUACUCCCCAGACCAGUCACGGUCGAGUGGAUCGAGUGGGCCGUACCCAAGGUCGUCGCCGCCUCGCCCAGUCACCGGCUCUGUCUCUCCUUUCUUCGACCCCAGUCAGCAUCAGGCUCCGCAUCGGAAUCUUCUACCCCUAUUUGUCGAUGUCUUUUUCCGCAACAUGUCUCAGCAAUGUCCCUUUAUAACUCUCGACGAAGUACAGGAGCGGAUUCGGCAUCACAGCUUAUCCCCUUUGUUGGCGAAUGCACUCGCUGCAGUCUCGGCCAGGUUACUGGACCCAGCAGACUUGCAAGCCCGCGGCCUUUACACUGCCCCAGAAGUGUAUGGCGAUACAGCGAAGAAUCUCCUUUCUUCCGUGUUGCAGCAGCCUGCGCUGGACACGUUGCAUGCGAUGAUUCUCAUUGCGUGGGCCGAGUACAAGGGGGGCAACACAUCUAGCUUCCGCCAGUAUAGUGACUUGGCUAUGCGGAUGGCGCUUGCACUUGGGCUCUCUGAAGACGCUGUCUUGGGCCUCAGCCCCUACGUUCCCUAUCAAAACCGGCUCCGGCUGACCUGGUCCAGCGUCAUGCAGAUCCAGAUGUAUUCCUCGUCAAUCGGUGCAUAGACGACGUUUCUUACGGGUCCCAGCCUGAGAUGAUGCGAUUCCAUCUCCCACUACUUUUAAUUUCAUCAUGAACGACGUUAUUGCAUCGUUGCCUGCUCAUGCUCAUGCCCAUGCUCAUGCUCAUUUGCCCACCUAUGGGUUUCAUAAUCAUAUUGUAAAUGAAGGACAUUGACUCGUGGACGGCUUUUCGCUUUCGAUUUGUUGCUAGAUCAUAUUGUGUCAUCACAUACGCGCAUUCAGACAAGUUAGAUAUACAAACAUACUCUCGGCCUACUUUCAUAUAUACCUUACAUGAUUAUUAUUGCAUCAUUGUGCUCUGCCUUACAAUACGUCCCAAUUAUC